GGCAGUGGCAUCUGUUUGCCACUGCCGGGCUCCCGGCCAGGCCCCCUCCCUUCCCCUCACUGACGGAUGGAUUCCAAGGGGCUCCUCUCCUUGACCCUCCUGCUGUUUCUGUCCCUGGCCUUUGAGUGCAGCUAUGGAACAGGCCCAGGCGUGAUGAACUGCCCAAAGAUUCUCCGUCAGCUGGGAAGGAAUGUGUUGCUGCCCCUGACGCAGAAAGGGAUAAAUAAGAGCAUGAACAAAAGCAUCCGCAUCCUUGUCACAGCAGCAACAUCACCAGAAAACAGCGUCAAGGAUAAAAUAGUGUCUCUUGAUCCAUCGGAGGGAGGCCCUCGACCUUACCUGAAGGACCGCUACAAGUUUCACCUGGAGGACCUGCGCCUGGGGAUCCUGAACACCAGGAAGGAGGAUGAGGGAUGGUACUUUAUGACCCUGGAGAGAAACGAUUCAGUUCAGCACUUUUGCCUGCAGCUGAAGCUUUAUGAGAAGGUCUCUACUCCAGAAAUUAAAGUGUUAAACCAGACCCAAGAGAAUGGGACCUGCACCUUGAUGCUGGCCUGCAUGGUGGAGAAAGGGGACGACGUGGCUUACAGCUGGGGCAAGAAGGUGGACACUCACCUUCUGAGCCCAGCCAACAGCUCCCACCUCCUGUCCAUUACCCUCGGCCCCCAGCACGCCAACAACACCUACAUCUGCACUGCGAGCAACCCCGUCAGCAACAGCUCCAAGGCCAUCAUCCCAUGGCCCAGUUGCAGCCCAGGACCCGUGGAACCAAGUCCCCAGUGGGGACUGUAUGCUGGGCUGCUCUUAGGGGGUGUCAUUGGAGCCAUCAUGAUUCUCGAAGUGGUAGUACUACUGUUGAAAAGAAGAGGUAAAACGGACCAUUACCAGCCAACAAAGGAAGCAAAAAGCCUUACUAUCUAUGCCCAAGUCCAGAAACCGGGUGGUCUUCAGAAGAAACCUGACCCCCUCCCAGCUCAGAACCCUUGCACUACCAUUUACGUUGCUGCCACAGAGCCUGUCCCCGAAUCUGUCCAGGAACCGAAUUCCAUCACAGUCUAUGCCAGUGUGACACUUCCAGAGAGCUGACACCAAAGACUCAGUAAAGGGACUUUCUGAAAGAAAAUAGAAAAACCAAAAUAAACACUGAACUUGGCCCCAGGCCCCAGGUUCCCUGUGACAGACACUCUACACAUCUGUACCCUUCUUGGAUCAACUCCCUGGUGACGUUUCACAUACAGCUGUGAAAUGGACAAGGAAGUGUGGCUUGCGCUGCAGUGGGCACAGUCACAGGACAGAGCUACUCGAUACAGAUUCCAUCUUUGUGGUGUGGCAGACGAAAUGGGCAAUGUGAAUCCAGACUUCGGGCAUCCUGCUCUGUGCUGGAAUUGGAUAAUAAAAACCAAAGACAGAAAUCCAGGACAUCUAGUGCCUAUCUCAGACUGCUGAGCACCAGCCACAAAGUCUGGAAAAGCUUACAUUUUGGCUGUCUUUACUUUAUUCUGGGAGCUGAUCCUGAUCACCUGCAGACCUUAUCAAGCCUCUGUGCCUCAGUUUCUCUUUCUGGAUGAAAGGUGAAAGAAGGAUGAAGGGUGAAUUUCUUAUUAUAUGUAAAACACUCUGAGAUUGUUCCAUAAAAGAAGCUAAGAGCAUCAGUAUUUUAUUUGCAAAACCCAGAAACUGAAGAGUCAAUAAACUGAAAGAAUGACUUUGAGAUCUCUGAACUUUGAACAAUAGAAUGAAAACCAUCUAAGAUUCUAAAAAGUACAGUUCUGUGCAAACAGCAUUUAGUUAAAAAAAAAAAAAAAGUAGCGAGUGUUUGGGGUGCUGCUACAAGGGAAUGUGAGAUACUCAGAAGAUCUUAUCCCAGAGUGAUUUUUUCACUACCCAAAACGAUCUUUAAAUCCUAGUUCUCUGUUUACUCCCUUGAACAACAAACCUGGAGCCUCUGCUAAGGCUGUCUCCAAUCUGGUUCUGAACCACUUUUACACACAGAGCCUCACAGGGUAUUGCAGGUCAGCAGGUCUCUUCCUACUCCUGCAUACCUCUCCUCACAUGAAUUUUAUCUUUGAGUAGCAAAUUAAGUUAUUUUGGCCCAACAUCUUAAAAUGAUCGAAUAGUCAGUAACUUAGUUCAGUAACUGUUUGCAGGCUGCAAGCAGAAAGAGCCUCUUUUAGUAAAGUCCUAUUUCUUCCUAUUCUCUGCUUUCAAACAGGCCAUCUUCAAUGUAAGCUCUUCUUAUUGGUUCUUGCAUAACCUCGGUGAACACUGUAAGAAAUAAUCACCGUACCACUGCAUAACAAGGGGCACCAAUUUCCCAGCUCAAUAUUCUGGGAUCAUCAUUGCCUUGUAUCUUACUUCCUCUAUUCAGUCGAUUCACAGUUUAGGUUCUGUUGGUUAGUACAUCUCAUUUCCUGGUACCAGCUUCUGUAACAGGGUUCUCAGCUGCAAUCAGCAGAAACUGACUUUGGAUUUUUUAUAUGUAGAAAAGGAACUUAUUGAAAAGAUAUUGGUUGGUUUGAAUAACUGCUAGGAGGUUCUACAAAACUGUGCUCUGAAAGUGAGCAGGAAAAAGGGAGACUAAACUAAGGCUGGGACCACAGCCCAAAUUACAAAACCAGCCCAGGGACGACAAUCCUGGGCCCCACAGUUGCACAGCCACCAUCCCAAACACUAGGCACAGACUCCACCACUGCCUCACUGCCUCUGCUGGACUUGGAAACUUGAUAUUACUGUUGCUGCUGCACUGUCUGCCACCAAAACUAAAUCUCUGGGUCCCUUGUUCAUCUUUUCUUUCUUUUUGUUUUUGUUGUUUAUUUGUUUUUUGCUGGUCAAGAGAAGCAGUGAGAGUGGAGAAGGAACAAAGGAAUCUGUAACUAGUUGUGAGCUUCCUCAUCUUUUCAUCUCCAGUUCUAAUUCAAAAUCUGGGACUGAGUGACUAAUCCGAGGCCACACAUCCAUGCACUAACUCCAAGGGAGGCUGGGAAUUGAAUAUCUGGCAUUUUCUACAUUCACAGUGGUUGGGAGACUCUGCCUCUUAUGAGUUGGGGAAUUCUUCAAAUAGAAGAAGUGGGGUCCCAGUUCGGGGCAGGCAAAAAGUAACAUGUCCACUACACCACCCUGUGUAACCUUAAACACAUUGGUUCUGUCUAUUCUCAAAACUGUGUAGCUACUAACAGGGAUUUGUGAAUACUGGGAGUUUUGAGCACUCAUUUUUUUUUUUUUAAUUUUUUUACCACCACUCAGAUUUCUCUAGAAGCUUAGUUCCCAACACUUGGGUUUUUCUUGUGGCUGAGUUCUGAAUAGAAGGGCAGAAACAAAUGAGGAAGAAGAUGCUGUCUCUUCAACAUUUCCUGAAACCCUGGACUCAAGACCUCGCCGGGGAGGGAAACUAUAUCUUAAGGGAAUCUUUCAGGCCAGCCACCAAACAACACUUGACAUUAUUUCCCACACUCCCAGACUCUGGGUUACAGGUGGGAAACCAGAGGACCCUUCUGCUGGUCUCGCCACUAUUCAGUUGUCCCCCAAUGUCACUGUGGGUGAGCAUGAGCUUGCUUUUUCUUCAGGCUUAAAAAAUAAAACAGAGACUUUAGAGUCUGAUUUCCCCAUGUUC